UGCUACAGAAUCUUUUACUGCACAGCAGUGCUCAGCAGCCAGUCCUACAGGCAGUGCGUUUGUGAAUGAGUGUAAUUGUGGAUGUGAGCAUAAUUCAGAGGCAGGGCAUUUGGGUUUGCUUUGGUGUCUGCUGCAGGUUAGCAGUGACCUAGGGAUAUGGGCUUUUUGGUUACUGAAGAUAUGACCCACCUCAAAAGUGAAAGGUCUGUGUUUCCCAGAGCUUGUUACUGAGCUCUGCUAUUCCUGUAAGGCCUAGAUUCUGCUUACAACUUAGCCUGACAGUAUUGAUUUGGAGAAAGUGUUUAUGCUCUGCAGGUAUACUGGGUGCAAAUCUGUUGGUUAUGUUGUGAUUGUAUGGUACCCUAUACUGAUAUAUAGGGACUUUUAUUUAGUCUGCUAGCUAUGCUCUGCCAAUUAAAUAGUCGUCUUAUAUCAACAAUAUUUUACUAGCCCAGAGAAAGCUUCCGUCUUCUGAAGUGUUACGACUUUUUACCAGUGAGUAUACUUGGGAGAGUAGAAUUUGGGGUGCUCUCAAAUUUGGUAGGAGAAGACACUGGAAAACAUAGAAACUGCGAAGCUCAGAUAAGUGUAUUUAGAUGAGGGUUGACUCUUUAGGGAUGAAGAGUGAAGGGAAUGAUGCCAGCUUUGGGCAAUUCACUUAUAGCCUUAUGUGUGCUCUUUCCUCCUUUUCUUUGCUCUCGGAUGUCCUGAUUGUCAAAGUUGUUGGGCAACUGAAGACCAUCACAUCUGUCCUUCUCCCUGUUUGCCAUGAUACAGAUAUGCAGCUGGGAGAAAACGUAAAUGUUUGGUGGGAACUGUUGUAUUAAUAUUUAUAAUUGAUCUUAUAUUUCUAAUGGAGUUUCUGGUGCAACUUCACAUUAUGCUUUAUCUCUUCCGGUGACAGGCUGUAGUACACUUUCGUCUCCCUUAGUUCAGAUCUAGUAAUCACAUGGCUUAGGAUGUGUGGUUUUUACCCUACUGCUCUGGUGGAAAAAUAAACAAACUCACUUGUUAGAAAAGUGUCAUUAGUUCAACAGGCUGAACUUACUCAUACAGAACUACAGGGUUGCGAGUUACAAUGCAGAUGAAGUUGAAGUGAGCAGUGAUGGGUGAGGAAGAGAAGGGGAAAGUCUUUUUCACUGGUGUCCUGCAGUUAGACUGCAGUUGAAAUUGUAGCUUCUGUUAACUGUCCAAAGUUGAUCUAAAACCACUCAGUGAUUGAAUUGGUUGUUUUGCCCCUCUGUUUCUUUACAUCUCCCCUCCUUUUCCUUGUUUCUGGCUGUUAAUGGUUGGAGGGCAAGUUGAAUUGGCUUGCUAAUCAGACAGGAAACUAAUUUUAUUUAUUUUAUUUUUUUAAUUGCCUUUUAGUCAAAUUGGGUAUCAAUAGGAAAGAGCAGGAGGGGAGAGUGGGGCUUCCUCUUCUGGUGGCAGUGCUGACUUACCGCAGAGCUCAGUGUGUGACGCUGCUGAAGGGAUACAGAAGUCUCCCAGAAUGGAUGAUGCUGUUAGUAUUGAAAGCGGUACUAAUACUGAACGCCCUGACACCCCAACAAAUACUCCUAAUGCACCAGGAAGAAAAAGCUGGGGAAAAGGAAAGUGGAAGUCAAAGAAGUGCAAAUAUUCCUUCAAAUGUGUAAAUAGCUUAAAGGAGGACCAUGGUCAGCCGUUGUUUGGAGUCCAGUUUAACUGGCACAGUAAAGAGGGAGAUCCUCUUGUUUUUGCCACUGUAGGCAGCAACAGAGUUACUUUAUAUGAAUGCCAUUCCCAAGGAGAAAUACGUUUGCUACAGUCCUAUGUAGAUGCUGAUGCAGAUGAAAAUUUCUACACCUGUGCAUGGACAUAUGAUAGCAAUACAAGCCAUCCUCUUCUGGCUGUGGCAGGGUCCAGGGGUAUUAUUAGGAUAAUUAAUCCUAUUACAAUGCAGUGCAUAAAGCACUAUGUAGGCCAUGGAAAUGCAAUCAAUGAACUGAAAUUCCAUCCAAGAGAUCCGAAUCUCCUUUUAUCUGUAAGCAAAGAUCAUGCAUUGAGACUGUGGAACAUCCAGACAGACACGCUGGUUGCAAUAUUUGGAGGAGUAGAAGGGCACAGGGAUGAGGUGUUAAGUGCAGAUUAUGAUCUUCUUGGUGAAAAAAUCAUGUCCUGUGGGAUGGAUCACUCUCUGAAACUCUGGAGAAUUAAUUCCAAGAGAAUGAUAAAUGCCAUCAAAGAGUCUUAUGAGUACAAUCCAAAUAAAACCAACAGGCCUUUUAUUUCUCAGAAAAUUCACUUUCCUGACUUUUCUACCAGAGACAUACAUAGGAACUAUGUUGACUGUGUGCGAUGGUUGGGAGACCUAAUUCUUUCCAAGUCUUGUGAAAAUGCCAUUGUGUGCUGGAAACCUGGCAAAAUGGAAGAUGAUAUAGAUAAAAUCAAGCCCAGUGAGUCAAACGUGACCAUACUUGGGAGAUUUGAUUAUAGCCAAUGUGAUAUAUGGUACAUGAGGUUUUCCAUGGAUUUCUGGCAAAAGAUGCUUGCUCUGGGCAAUCAGGUUGGCAAACUUUAUGUUUGGGAUUUAGAAAUAGAGGAUCCUCAUAAAGCCAAGUGUACAACUCUUACUCAUCCUAAAUGUGUUGCUGCGAUUCGACAAACCAGUUUUAGCAGAGAUAGUAGUAUCCUUAUAGCUGUGUGUGAUGAUGCCAGUAUCUGGCGCUGGGACAGACUACGAUAAGUUACUUUUUCUUAUUCAAAGUAGAAAAUAUAUUUUCAAAUUAUAAUAUAGUCUGUUAACUUGCUAGUAUGGUAGAUGCAUUUAGCGUAGACUUUCUCUGAGGUUCAGCAGGCUGAAGCUGAACUUAGUGAUGUUUACAUUCUGUGUAAUGUUCUGCUUGAACUCCGCUGCUUUUAAUAAAAAGAAGUAUUUUUGUAAA